CGCCGCCGCCGCCGCCGCCGCCGCCGCCGCCGCCGCCGCCGCUGCUGCCACCGGAGCCCGGGAGGGCUGGGCCCCGAGGCAAGAUGGUGGACUACAGCGUGUGGGACCACAUCGAGGUGUCUGACGAUGAAGACGAGACGCACCCCAACAUCGACACCGCUAGCCUCUUCCGCUGGCGGCACCAGGCCCGGGUGGAGCGCAUGGAGCAGUUCCAGAAAGAGAAGGAGGAGCUGGACAGGGGCUGCCGCGAGUGUAAGCGCAAGGUGGCCGAGUGCCAGCGGAAGCUGAAGGAGCUGGAGGUGGCCGAGGGCGAAGGCGGCAAGGCCGAGCUGGAGCGGCUGCAGGCUGAGGCGCAGCAGCUGCGCAAGGAGGAGCGGAGCUGGGAGCAAAAACUGGAGGAGAUGCGCAAGAAGGAGAAGAGCAUGCCCUGGAACGUGGACACGCUCAGCAAGGAUGGCUUCAGCAAGAGCAUGGUCAACACCAAGCCUGAGCAGGCGGAGGAGGAGUCGGAGGAGGUGAGGGAGCAGAAACACAAAACCUUCGUGGAAAAGUAUGAGAAACAGAUCAAACACUUCGGCAUGUUGCGCCGCUGGGAUGACAGCCAGAAGUACCUGUCGGACAACGUCCACCUGGUGUGUGAGGAGACAGCCAACUACCUGGUCAUCUGGUGCAUUGACCUAGAGGUGGAGGAGAAAUGCGCCCUCAUGGAGCAGGUGGCUCACCAGACCAUCGUCAUGCAGUUCAUCCUGGAGCUGGCCAAGAGCCUCAAGGUGGACCCCCGUGCCUGCUUCCGGCAGUUCUUCACCAAGAUCAAGACUGCUGACCGUCAGUACAUGGAGGGCUUCAAUGACGAGCUAGAGGCUUUCAAAGACCGCGUGCGGGGCCGCGCCAAGCUUCGCAUUGAGAAGGCCAUGAAGGAAUACGAGGAAGAGGAGCGCAAGAAGCGGCUUGGCCCUGGCGGCCUGGACCCUGUCGAGGUCUACGAGUCCCUCCCUGAGGAACUUCAGAAGUGCUUUGACGCGAAGGACGUGCAGAUGCUCCAAGACGCCAUCAGCAAGAUGGACCCCACCGACGCGAAGUACCACAUGCAGCGCUGCAUCGACUCAGGCCUCUGGGUCCCCAACUCCAAGUCCAGCGAGGCCAAGGAGGGGGAGGAGGCGGGUCCCGGGGACCCCUUGCUGGAAGCCACCCCCAAGCCAGGCGACGAGAAGGAUGUCAGCGCGUGAACUGUCCCGGCUGCCGCAGGCCCCUGUACACCCCUUUUCAGGAAACAAAAAUAGAUGCCAUCUCCCCAGGUCCUGGCUUCCUCCGCUUUUGCUGCUCCCCAACCUAGCCCGGAGGGGCCCUGCCACCCCCCUUCCACCGCCCCCCUCCCCCCCCAGCCCUCAUCCAAGUCUUUGCUUUGAGUCAAAGGGGCUUCACUGCCUGCAGCCCCCCAUCAGCAUUAAGCCAAAGGCCCGGGGAUCCAGGGAGGGGCAGAGGUUGCCAGGUUGGUCCAUGGGGUGGGGGUGGGUCCCCAGCCAAGGGGCCUGCUCCAGUCACUGUGGGCUCUGUUCUUGCUGUUCGCCCGCGUCAAGUCUUCUAUAUAGUAAACAGCAGUUAUCUUCCAAUAAAGGAUUUCAGAUGCUCUGUGGGGCGUCAAGAGGGCUGUGGGCACAGCUCUUCUCUGGGGGUGGGAAGGGACCUGUGAGUGUUGGCGGUUGGGCCCGUGACACCCCUGGCUUUCCCCUCCAGCAAAUGGGCUGUGUCCCCCAUCCACACUCCAGGCUCUCCCAUCACCUGGAACCCUUCCUCAGGUCACCUUUGGAUCAGAGUUCUCACCCCACCCCUAUGAAGUCUCUGGCUCAUCCCAUUCCUCUAAGCCCCUCUUACCAUCCAUUCGGGAGCAUCACCCUCCACUGUGUCUCACCUUCCACUGGGUCAGUUCUGCCUCCAGGACCAAUCUUGAGUCUGUCCACUGCCCUUCAUUCUCCACCCUGGUCCAGGUCCUGUCACCUCUGGCCUGGACCCCUGCCCGCAGCCUCCUCCCUGUCUCCUCCACCCUCACUGGACCCCAACAGGCAGGGAGUGCCUAUGAACACGAGAGUCCUGGCACAUCCUGCCCCAGAGCAGAAGCCUUAGUUCUUGCAGCUCACCGGGCCCUGUACCAUCUGCCUGGUCCCCUCCCUGCCCUCACCACCUCGUGCCCUCUCACCAACUCCCUCCUCUGCUCCUUGAGCACUUUAAGCUUCUCUAGCAGUGUGACCUUGGGCAGCUUAAUCAGCCUCAGCAUUCAUCUCUGUAUAGUGAUAGAAAUGUUCGUGCCUUCUUCCCAGGGUUGUGAUGAGGAUUGAAUGAGAUAAUUAGUAGGUGUGCAUAGCACCUGGGCCCUGGCAUGUCCCUGUCCCUCACCCUGAACACCCUUCCCUGCAGUCUUCGUCUAGAAAGUAAUAUUUGGGCCCCAGGAAAGAGGUAAAGAAUAGUAUCAUAAACAAGGACACAGUUUUUAAGACAUGAAGUAACUGAGAAUCCAGUUGAAGCCCACUGCCCGCCUCUUCUGGGGGAUACCACCAUCUGGCAGGUGCCUCUCAGUCUGACCAGAGCUCUGGUACCUCCUCCCGGAACCCUCCCCUGACCCGCCUUCUGAGUCAUCCUUUACAUCCAGCCAUAUUCCUGCCUGGCUGUGCCAACCUGUGUAUUGCUGUCUCCUUUAUGCUGUGAGCACCACCCGGACACAAACUGAGUCUUGGUCCUAGAAUGACCCCAGCGACCCUCACGGAUUCUGGCGCUCAGUGAAUGCCUUUGUGCCCAAGCUGAUUGCCACCAGAGGGCAAUAGUGAACUGCAAACAAGUGGUGUUGCCCGAUGCUUUUCAUAAAGAUUGAAAUGGCUGGGACUUCCCCAGUGGUCCAAUGGUUAGGACUCUGUGCUUCCAGUUGAGGGGGGGUUGGGAGGGGAUGGAUUCAAUCCCUGGUCCGGGAACUAAAAUCCCAUACACCACAUACAUGGCUGAAAAAUAAAGGUUUUAAAAGUAUUUAAAAAUGGCAGGUGGGGGAUCUGGAGAGGAUUGGGGAGACCCUCCUAAACCUUGUUCAUCCGCGAUCAAUUCAAAAUUGUGAACUUGUUAAUUCUUUACCAUGAAAACUUUCAGAGGUAGAAUCUGUAUUUCUGGUAUUUCCUUUCACCUCGGCCUCCAGUACAACUCAGCACUGCUGUUCCUGAUCCUUGACUUAAAAUUUCAAUGUUUUGUUCAUGGAUUUUUUUUUUCACAUUAAUGGUGUUUUUGGAAAAUACUACAUUAAAAUAUUUAUCUUGA